CGGUAGGGGGCGUGGUUACUGGCCACGUCGUCGCUCCAUAGUAGCUGGGUCCAAGAUGGCGGCAGCCGAGGAAGCGGCAGCGAUGCGGGCAGAUGGAGGCACAAAGCCGCUGUUUGCAGGCCUUGCAGAUGUGUCAAUAUCGGAAGAUAUUCCAGUAGAAGGAGAAAUCACAGUUCCUGUGGGAUCUCGUUCCCCAGACGAAGACAACUCCACCCUGGAUGAGCCGGUCAAGGACACAAUUAUGCGGGACCUGAAAGCAGUUGGGAAGAAAUUCGUCCAUGUCAUGUAUCCCAAAAAGAGCAGUGCCCUCCUGAGAGACUGGGAUUUAUGGGGUCCUCUAGUCCUGUGUGUUUUACUUGCCCUAAUGCUUCAGGGAGGAGCAGCAAAUAGCACAGAAGACAGAGGUCCCCAGUUUGCAGAGGUCUUCGUCAUCAUUUGGUUUGGAGCCGUUGUCAUCACACUGAAUUCCAAGCUGCUUGGAGGGACCAUAUCUUUUUUUCAGAGCCUCUGUGUCCUGGGUUACUGCAUCCUCCCCUUGACGGUGGCUCUCCUGGUCUGCAGGCUUGUCCUGCUAGCAAGCUCUGAUACUCCUGGCUUCAUUGUGCGUCUCUUAGUCGUGGUGGCCAUGUUUGCCUGGUCAACGCUAGCAUCCACUGCUUUCCUGGCAGACAGCCAGCCCCCAAAUCGCAAAGCCCUGGCAGUCUACCCCAUCUUCCUCUUCUAUUUCGUCAUCAGCUGGAUGAUCCUCACCUUUGCCCCAUAGUGACACAAAAUCAGUGGAGACCCCAAAGCUGAAUGAAGGUGGCUUCUGUCUCUGUUAAGCCUCUUGGUUGCUGGCUUUCCCCAACGUUGCCCUCUAAUUUAUCUACCUGUAUUUAUGCUGUGUGUUGGACAAAGGCAGGACUGGUCCCCAGGAGUGUGCUGAAGGUCCCUUUUGUGUUUCUGAUUCCUCUGAGAAUGCAACUGAUGUCUGUCUGCUUACUCCUCUUCUUGUAAAUACCCACGAAAAGGCAUUGUUGCCCUUUUUGAAGAAUGCUGCUGAUGCAUAAGAAAGUAGAAAUCCUGCCUCAAUCCAUCAAAGCUGUUGAUAAAGGCAGAUAGCAAAAGAUACCCAUCCUUAACCAGCUUAUCAGAACACUUGGCGCUUUGUCUUCUGUACAUCAGGGCAUUUUCAAAUGCUUGUUAUCUGUUGAUGGGAGAAUGCUAGGAGAAUGUUCCGUUGAAGUUAUGCAAAGUGAUGCAAUAGUUUAUGCCAACCAUGACACACCUUGUUGCCUCCAGAGACUAUAGGACUACACCUCCCAUCAUCCCCUACCAGCACAGGCAUGCUUACCGGGACUGAUGGAUAUUGUAGACCAGCAACAUCUGGAGGAUGUUAGUUUAGCAAAGGCUUCUUUGUGUGGUCUUAGCACAUCCAUGAUAGAUUUGCCCCUGCCGCCCCUAAUUCUUUGUGGAGGUGUGAUGCAAGCCUAGUGGUUCCUUCCGUACAGGGAAUUAUCUCUCUCUUGAAAUGCAAAUAUAUUUUGAAGUGACUUCUGAAAAGAAUGCUUGAGUUAUGCUGUCUAGAGGUUACAUUGUGUUGGGAGUACCUUGUGUUAAUUGCAACUUAUUGGGCAGAUUAUACUUUUUCUAACUGCAAAAGAAAAUCUACUACUGAUCUUCCAGCAGAACUCAGGUUAACUGUUACCAAUCUUGUGGACAAGGGACAGAAAAAAUAAGCAAAUAAUAUCAGUAUGCUUUCCUCUUUCUUUCUUUCUUUCUUUCUUUCUUUCUCUCUCUCUCUCUCUCUCUGUGUGUGUGUGUGUGUGUGUGUGUGGUGGCUAACAAGUCGGAAAUUGACGGGAAUGCUGCCCAGUCUUGUGACCCAAGUGGUGUUAAAUACCUUUUAAUAUGUCAGGACUUCAGCAUUCAGAACACAGCCUGUGGGAGACUGGUUUCUUCUUCUUUGCCUUUCCCCUUGGUUGAGAAAUAGGGAUGUGGGGCAAGCAGUUCCCACAUCCCAUCUCCAUUUAGAGCAGUUUUUAUUUUGUUUUUUGUCAUUUGCCUUAAUAAACCUGAGAAAUGUUAUCCAAAAACACUAAAUUUUAAUAUAUGAUCCAUGUUUUCCUCUGCUUGCUGUCUUGCCAUUUGCUGGAGGCAGGAAAAUAAAUCUCUACCCAUCUUAAUUGUAAUUCCAGUCUUGUGUAUAGCUCACUGCUGGCGUGUGUGUGUGUGCGCGCUUCAGUUGGGGAGCAAAAGGUGUAAAUUGUUUUAAUUGCAAACUUUUAUAAAUAAAAAUGCUGAAAGAGG